GAGGGCAGAAGGAGCAUGGCGUGGCGACAGCUGAAAAAGCGGGCCCAGGAUGCCAUGGUCAUCCUGGGGGGUGGAGGAUUUCUCUUCACCUCCUACCUGACCUCCAUGGGGGAUGACCAUUUCUAUGCUCAACACUUGAUGCCAGCUCUGCAGAGGCUGCUGGACCCCGAGUUAGCCCACAAGCUGGCUGUUCGUUUCAUUUCCUUGGGGCUCCUUCCUCGGGCCACGUUUCAAGACUCUGACAUGCUGGAAGUGAGGGUCUUGGGCCAUAAAUUCCGAAAUCCAGUAGGAGUUGCUGCAGGAUUUGACAAGCAUGGGGAAGCAGUGGAUGGACUUUACAAGAUGGGCUUUGGCUUUGUUGAGAUAGGAAGUGUUACCCCAAAACCUCAGGAAGGAAACCCCAGGCCCAGGGUCUUCCGCCUCCCCGAGGACCACGCCAUCAUUAACAGAUAUGGAUUUAACAGCCAAGGGUUCUCAGUGGUGGAGCACAGGUUACGGGCCAGGCAGCAAAAGCAGACCAAGCUCUCAAAAGAUGGGCUGCUACUGGGAAUAAACCUGGGGAAGAAUAAGACCUCGGUGGAUGCUGCUGCAGACUACGUGGAAGGGGUGCGAGUCCUGGGCCCCUUGGCCGACUACCUGGUAGUGAACGUAUCCAGUCCCAACACAGCAGGGCUGCGGAGCCUUCAGGGAAAGGCUGAGCUGCGCCACCUGCUGACCAAGGUGCUGCAGGAGAGAGAUGCCUUAAAGGGACCGCACAAGCCGGCUGUGCUGGUGAAGAUCGCCCCUGACCUCACAGCCCAGGACAAGGAAGAUAUUGCCAGGGUGGUGAAAGAGCUGGGCAUUGAUGGAUUGAUUGUCACAAAUACCACCGUGAGUCGCCCCACCAGCCUGCAGGGUACCCUGCGCUCCGAAAUGGGAGGACUGAGUGGGAAGCCCCUCCGGGACUUGUCAACUCAGACCAUUCGGGAGAUGUAUGCGCUCACUCAAGGCAGAGUUCCCAUCAUCGGGGUUGGUGGCAUCAGCAGUGGGCAGGAUGCCCUGGAGAAGAUCCGAGCAGGGGCCUCCCUGGUGCAGCUAUACACGGCCCUCAUCUACUGCGGCCCGCCUGUGGUGGGCAGAGUCAAGCGGGAGCUGGAGGCCCUUCUGAAAGAGCAGGGUUUUAGCAGCAUCACAGAGGCCAUUGGAGCAGAUCACAGGAGGUGAGGACAUUGUCUGGUGGGAAGUUGUUCUGUACUCUUCCCACUAAAUCUUUUGAGCCUUGUGGCUGGAUCGUGAGAGAAGGGGAUAUUUUGAGCCAGAUGUC